CCAAACAUCACGUGACGUGUCCGUGAGCGGCGGCGGCGGAGGCGGCGGACCCCGGACUCUCGGUCCCUCUCUGCGUGGCGGCCUCCCCCUCCCCGCCCCGGCCCCCCUCCGGCGGCACCGAGCGGAGGAAUCUGAUUGUGAAGGCUUGCGUGUUAUGACGACCCCCAACAAAGGAAACAAAGCCUUGAAGGUGAAGCGGGAGCCGGGUGAGAAUGGGACCAGCUUGACAGAUGAAGAACUGGUGACCAUGUCUGUGCGGGAGCUGAACCAGCAUCUGCGGGGCUUGUCUAAGGAGGAGAUAAUCCAGCUCAAGCAACGCAGGCGUACCCUGAAGAACAGGGGUUACGCUGCCAGCUGCCGUGUCAAGAGGGUGACACAGAAGGAGGAGCUGGAGAAGCAGAAGGCAGAACUUCAGCAGGAGGUGGAAAAGCUGGCCUCGGAGAAUGCUAGCAUGAAAAUGGAACUUGACGCCCUGCGCUCCAAGUACGAGGCGCUGCAGAACUUCGCCCGGACCGUGGCCCGGAGCCCUGUCACCCCUGCCCGGGGCCCGCUUGCUUCCAGCAUGGGGCCCCUUGUGCCCGGCAAGGUUGCCACCACCAGCGUCAUCACGAUAGUGAAAUCCAAAACGGACGCCCGGUCUUAGUGAAACGAGCGCUGCCUGGGCUUGUGUGUGCAGGGCAGUUAGGCACAAAGCUCAUCCGGAAUCCCCAAAGCACAACCCUCUCCCAGAUGGCCCAGCCCACACAGGCACACGUUGGCCUGCUUGUCACUGCAGUCCCUUUGUUUUUAGCUUUGUUCUGGUUGGUGUGACUGAUGGUAAUGCAACCCUUCUAUGUGAGCAGAACCUUCCAUCCAGGGGUAUUCUGGGAAAAGAGGCUGAAGGACCUCAGUACUCUAGCCAAAGAGAUUCUCAGCAGCAUGGAGUAAAUUCUUGGGGAGGAAUAACCCAAAGGGGAGGGGUGAGGUCCUAGAAAGUUGGAAGACCUGCUGUCAGUGAUGACUUUAUACCAUUCUUCCAACAUUGUGUGUCAGCUGUCCAGUCUGCUGCUUGUAAAUUGCUUGGUAUCAGUGGCGAUAAUGGGGGUAGUUUGUGUAACCAUUUUUAUAUUAACAUCUAGUUGCGCCUUUUAUGUUUAAAGGAGGGAUUCCUUAGGACUUUUCCUGAAAUGGGGUGGGGAAGGGGGAGGAACUGCAGUUUCCUGGUGUCUGUGCUGCAGAGAAGGGAAAGGAACCAGGAAUGGGCACUGUUGUAGCUUGCCUGCCAGGAAGAAGGCAGGUUGUACCACGGUGACGACAGGCCGGUUUUGUGCCUAAUGUGUUGCACUGAACAAGACCAAAAUCACUAGUUGUUUCCUGUGUUUGGAGAGUAUCAAGUGUCUCUAGUGUGAUGGUUUACACAACCAGUUUAUGUGGUUUAAAUAGCCCUUUAUUUAAGAGAGAAACAUUCAUUUUAAAUAAUUAUUGAAGGAUCUAAGUUUCAAAACUAAAAUUGGAUGAAGAACUUGUAUUUCACAGUCUCCUUUUUAACCUGAGGGGGUGAGAAUAUUUGAUUGUCAUAUUCUUGGAGACUUUGCUAGCUUCAAAAAGAAAAUGUAAAUUUUAAAAGUUUCUCGCUAAGUCUUUAUGGCUCUGAGGUUGGUUUUUAUAAAGAGUUAUCAGACUUUUAUUUAUAAAUAACGUAGGGAAAAAAAAAAAAAAAAAGGCUAGUCCUGUUUGAUAUCUUUUUGCAAUUGUACCAAAAGUGACUUAUUCUUGAACUCCUCACCUGCUUCUUUUGUGCUCCUGUUGUGUUUAGUUGUCUGUGCUCUGAGGUCUCGUGUGGCGCUGUGAUGUGAUGGUGCCAUUGGCCAUCUUUGCUGUGUGGAUGUCCUGUGAGCAUUCUUUUUGCUUUCUCUGGGCUGAGUGCAGGUUUUUCUUGGGCAUUUCCCAAUAGACCUUCUGAAGGUUCUGUCUUGUGAGAAGGUUACCCGUAUCUCAAGGCAUCACUUCAUGGCCAUCAAAGUCUGAAGUAAAUCAGUUCUUCUAGGGUAUUACUAAAACUUAAUGAUAGCUUGUAGAUGGUGCUCCAUUCUCCCAUGUCACUUGUAUCACAGCCCCCAGAAUUAGCUUUUUCAUUGAUCCGGGUGUUUCUAAAGAUCAAAUCCAACAAAAGUGCGGUUGCGAGACCACUGCUCAUUAUAUGAGAAGGUGAAACAAAGAGUGGAGUGGACAAUGUAUCCUACAAAUGGGUAAACAGCUGAAGUGUUUCCUAGGAUUGGACUAUAGUAGCAUCUGUAUUGAUUUACCUUUCUGGCAGGAUUCUUUUGCUACCAGUGCUACAGUCAAUUUUUUAUCCCCAGGCUGUUGCUUUCCCUUUUGAGGCAUGUUAGGAAGUACUUAAGAAGCUGAGCUGGAAACUCCAUAAGGGCUAAUGAGUGUGUGGGGAUCACUCUGAACCAGGAAAGUCACUGCUUAGCUUCUGGAUGCUUAGAAAAUCUCAUUGGAAGCCCUAGUCCCUGGGCUUCUCUAAAAGAGCUAUGACUCCUUCUGGGAACCAGUCAGCAGCUGUUUUAACAGUGAUAGAGAUAGUUCUCCUGCUUUCUGUGCUGCUACCCAGAAGUGCUUGCUCCAUAGAGAGCAGGUGGUGGUCUUGUUAUCAAGAGGGACACAUUGGGACCUUGGCAGAAUAUAUUUGUUAGAAUAUCUCUCCAGAUGGGCUUUUAAAACCUGAGACUUUGCCUAGAAAACUGUGACCUUCAGAUUAAGCACAAUUAGUGCUGGCUGGGGAGCCCUGGGGUGCUGGCAGAGAACAUGUUGAGAACUCUUGAUUUAAACAGCACAUGACGAACAUUAUAAUGAGCAGCUUUCUGAUUGGCAGACAUUAGAACCUCAGCUGUGAUGGCAUUUGCCAGCAGCUCCUAGAAACAUGCAUAGCUGAGACUGAGCAACACAGAAUCUGUUGGGUUUUCAAGAUUGUGAAAACUUCAGCUUCAGUUUACAUUGUAACACAUUCUGAGCCUCAUUAUUGGAGGAAAAAUAAACUUUGGGCGCAAUCCUAUGGAUGUUUAGACAGAAAAAGGUCCUACCCCAGCCAGAAAAAUAUUGCACCCUUAUUUACUGUUCUAAAACAAAGGUGUCGGAUUCAAAUGAGCUAGAGGGCCAAAUUCCCAUCCAGCAGAUGCCCAGGGACAACAUCCAAUGAUCUUAACCAAAAAUGCCUCUUCCACCUCAAUUUGGUGAAAAUAAAUUCCUCAGUCAUCUUCCCAACGCCCACUCACUGCAAGAAUUUCACUGGCUGGAAUAUAUCAGAGGCCGUGGGGAAGAAAGCUUUAAAUGAGGAUUUGCUGUCAAGUCCUCUUCUUCAUGUUUGUUGGAACUGUUUUUCUCCUGCAAGGAGCUCUGUCCUGCUGCAAACGUGUCGCCUGAAAUGGAAGGGCAGAUUCUGCUCCACCAGCAGUAGUUCUUGUAAAUAUCCCAGCCAACCUUUUGGCGUGACAAGCUGGGGUACUUUACUGCUGCUCUUUGCACAUGUGGAUUGCAACUGUACAAAGAACAGCUCAGGGAUGUACAGGAACAAGGAAGAACAAAUUGCAAACAAAUGGAGAAAAACAACAAGGAGUUCAGAUGUGGGGACGGACACACACACACAUUUUGGCUUCAGAUUCCAUUAAAAAAGCACACCACAAUCCCUGUUACCCUCUAUUGCAAAUUUAGAAGGAAUAGGCAAGGGACUUCUGCAUGCAGUAGCAGUUAUUGGCAAGCCAGCAACAUUGCCCUACUUAAGGCCAUUAGAUUUCUGAUCCUGAAAAUAGCUGAACUGUGUGGAGUAUGUUAGGCAUAUUGGAGCCUACAAGGGUUUGAUAAGGCCUCAGGGUUUAUGUCUGUCACUUCUGGUUUAAAAGGCUUAGAAACCAAUGGAUGUCUAUGGGGGAUUGCUGGGGCCAGAGCUUUCCUGCCUUUUAUUGUUUCAUAUCCCUCUACCUCUCUAUGCACCUUUUUCUCCAUCCUUAAGCUGUGCAUAUUUUCUUCCCUUCAUUGCCUUCCACUUUCUAGUCCUUGCCAAAGAAAUCCAAAUUCUGUGAAAACCAAACAAUUAUAAUCUGCGAAAGCAAUAUUUAUGCACACUUGUCAAACUUGCAAACCACAAUGGCAUGUAACUUCGGUUUUCUGGUCACCAAAUGGACAAGCAAGAGGUGGGGACUGAAAUGACAUUUUAGAUCUCCUAGUCACAGCUUUCUUUUGAGAGUUGCAUGAAGGGUGUUUAUGUGGUCUGGACUGCUGUGGUCACCAUUAGGAUAGGUGACUGUUUGUAGAUGUUGUCUGCUAUGGAUUAUUCACACCAUUGAGCAGACUCUGAAAUUCUAGCUGACUGCUGUUUGUCUUCAAUCUGCCUUUCCAUUUGCAUUAGCGUGCUUCUCAGUACUGUAUUCACUUACAGCCCCAAUCCCAUAGAAAGCAGGGUGAUAACAUCACUGGUAGUUCCAUACUUCGAUAUCCAAGUGCAGCUUGUAUGGUAACCUGCUUGGGCGGGGUUGCCUUUCUAGGGUAGGAGUUUCUUUUCAGCAAAACCAAUAGUUCAGCAGUCUUUGUUGGAUCCUUUGAAUCUCAUGCUAUCAUAGUCAUAACUUUCUAAACAUUUCUUAACUGGCAGUACCUGCUCCCUGGAGUUGGCUGGGCUUCGAUUGCUGCUUACUCUUACUUGGUUGUCGACUUUUCCAUCUAGAUCUUGAAUAGCAUGAGGAGCCUCUAACGAAAACCUCUCCUCUAGAAUUUCCAGAGGGAUAGCCAUGUUAGUCUGCUACUACAGCAAAAACAAUGGGUCUGGUGACACCAUAAAAACUAAUAUGUUUAUUAUUGCAUAAGCAUUUAUGGUCUAGAGUCUAGUUCAGUGAAUGUGUGAACUAUUAUCCUAAGUUGGCCAGUAUGUUUUGGGUAGGAAGAAUGUUUAACAGUGAGGUUAGAGGGAAAUAAAUUGCAUAAAGUUCAGAUUGUUAUAAUUAUGUUAAAGUUUAAAGGUAUAUAAAUUGUUAGUAACCAUUUACAAAGUAGUUUCAAUGAUAACUCAGACAUUCUGGUAUUGGUGUUUGUGUUAUUAUCCAUACUGCUUUGUAAAUGGUCACUGUACCAAUUUUAUAUAUAUUUGAGCUUUAACAUAAUUAUAACUGUGUCUGUACCUUUUGCAGUUCAUUUCCCCGUAACCUCACUGCUAAGCAUUAUUUCUGCCCACGGGGAACAGCCUUGUGUGUAUAUAUACCAGCCAACUUAGGAUGACACUUCAUGCAUCCAAUGAAAUGGAAUCUAGCCCACAAAAGGGUAUAGCAUAAUCAACACAUUGGGGUUUAAGGUGCUGCAAGACUAUUUAUCCUCUAGAAUUGCACCUCUUGCCCUUCUCAAGGCCCAAGAAGUGAAAAGCUGUUUGCAUCUAGUUUUGUUGGUGGAAGUUGCAGGUAUACCGUGGCUGUAUAUCGGGCAUCUUUUAGCACCAGAAUGUGUGAAGGACUGAAAUUGAAAAGGUGAAUCUUCCAACACCCAGGGGGGGCCCUUCACACCUCCCAUCUUCCCUCACCUACUUUUAGUCUGUCUCCUUCUAGUGUUCAUAAGUUCUUCCUAUCCCAGAUUCCCCUCUCAAGCCCUUCCCCUUGAUUUCUCUUUCUGGUAUAUAGCAUUCGGAGUGUGAUGGUUCCUGUUUUCUAGGUGCUUGUUUGUUUGGUUUUCCUGCUGUGAAGGGUGUUGUGUUCUUAUUUCUCCUAAUUUUUUUUUUUAUUAUUAUUAUUAUUAUGGGGCAUUUUGUUUCAUGCAACAGGUGGGGAGCAUUGCUUUCUACUUGGCUGCAGAGCAAAUCCGUGAAGUGUAAUUCCGCCCACAUGUGGCUGGCUUGUGACGGGGGGGGGGGGAGGGGGGGGUCGUUUAUGUCGUGGUGAAUUGUGUAAAAGUGAUCUCUUGGAUUAUGAAACAAUUAUUUCUCUCCAGAAAAAGAGAGACACUGCAGGCUUAGAGCUACAGUACCUGACUCUUAGGUAUGAAUGGAGACUGCUCAGAAUUGCACUUGGGGAAUGUGCUCUUGGAUCGGAUUGCUCAGUGUGUGUGUGUGUGUGCACACUCUGCAUGUAAGACAUUGCAUCUCUGGUAUUCCGUUUUGCAUCCCAUAUGUGCUUGUCACACUCCAGAAAAGUUGCAGGAUGGUAUCUCUGUAUACACCACCGAUGAAUAGAACUGGCAUUCCUGUAUACUGAUGAAGGUUUACUCAGAAUUGCAAGUAACAUCCAGUGGUACUUUGCCUUCCCUACCACUGGAAGACAGAAGCACUUACUAACAGGCUGCCUCUUCUCACACCUUCCUGAUGUCUCCAGCUGUAUUUUGUCAGUAAAAACGGUUGCAAAUGCACAGGAAUGCUUCUUUCCUGUUUGAUAACAUUGCUGCUUCCGUUUAUAAAGCAGUGGGUAGCUGUGGCUGCUAAAACAGAGUAUUGUUCCUCUCCAUGCAGAAAGACUGGGAGAAGAUCUCAUGGCAGCUUCGUUGCGAGCUUCAGUCUAAUUCUUCCAAGUGGUGAAGCAUUAUCUUCUCUCCUAUUAUCUGAUCUAUACGAGUUCUGAAUUCUUGUGGCUGUUCACCAGGAUGAAUUAAAGGCAUUGUGCAGUUGAGUGAGUAGUCUCCUCAUUCCCAGUGAAGGUAUGUUACUACCUGGCUAGGUCUAGAGGGGCUGGGAUCUCCAAGUGGCUCCCAGCCAAACUCAAAUUGUCCUCGCCCAAAACUGCAGUUUGUUCUGAAUUUAUUACACCCUUUGCCAAACUGGAAUGUUACGGAGAAACGAUUAUGUUUGGAGCACUUAAUGAGAUGGACUGAUGACUGUUGCUCCCCACCCUCCAGAUGUUCAAGACAGUCUUUACAAGAUACUGAUUGAAAUAAAUUCACUGCUGCUUUAAAAUGUUUCUUAAAAGGGGAGGGGGUUAUUUUGAUAAAAAGAAUCUCAAUCUCCAAAGCUAAUAAAACUGGAGAUUAAUUCUAUGUGCCAGGGGUGUAAUACAUAUUGUCAAGUCCUGGGGCUCUGCUGUACAACAGUAGGGUCCAAUUAAUUAAUCAGUAUUUAUUGCUAAAUUAUUGUCCUUUUUCAAUCUGUAAAUAUCUGAUAACUGUUGGGGAUUUGUUGCCACAGCCCCAGUGGAGGUGUUGUUAAUUUAUUUAUGUAUAUAGUGUAUGUUUGUUGAUAUGAAGCAUUCUUUAUUUUGUAUAUGACCAAUAAACAUCUUUAAAGAGGCUGGUC